AGAGGAACCUGGUUCAGAUUAGAAGAAUCGAAGAACACAGCUGGGAACAACAGCCAUGGAGCCCAAAAUCAUUCAGAUGGCAGCCCUGGGAAGGGCCCUGUAUCCUGGCAUGCUGUACGACUGCCGCAGUGAUUCUUUUAUUCCCGGUGUUACUUUAUGGGACAAGCAAGCUUUAAGUAAUGGUCUUGAUGUGCAUGACCAGACUAAAACAUAUGUCAAUCUUGCUGCCUCUGAUAGUGUCAGUGAAAAGGCCAACCUCCUAGAUGUGAGCGCUUCCCUUAAAGCUAGUUUCUUAGGGGGGUUGGUGGAGGUUGGAGGAUCAGCCAAGUAUCUGACUGAUACCACAUCCUCAACACGUCAGUGCAGAGUUACUAUGCAGUACAGCCAGACAACAAAAUUUGAACAACUCACUAUGAAGGAGCUUGGCAAUAUCACCUAUCCACAAGUAUUUGAACAGAAAACAGCCACUCAUGUAGUUACAGCUGUAUUGUAUGGAGCUUCUGCUUUCAUGGUAUUUGAUUAUACAAGUGCAGAAAAUGAGAACAAACAGGUUGUUGAAGGAAGCCUUUAUGCAGCGGUCAAGAAGAUCCCUACCAUUUCCAUCGAGGGGCAAGCGUCCCUACAGAUGAGUGAAUCUGAAAAGAACUUAGCUGAGAAUAUGAACGUCACCUUCUAUGGUGAUUAUGAGCUUGAAGAAAACCCCACCACAUACACUGAGGCUCUGAGGGCAUGCAAGAGGUUGCCCAGUCUGCUGAAGGAAAGAGGCAGCAAAGGUGUACCAGUGACUGUAUGGCUGUAUCCUCUCACACUUUUGGAUCGUAGAGCUGCUAAAUUGGUGAGAGAAAUCAGCAUGAGCCUGGUGUCUAAAACAGAAAAUUUGUUGGAGGAGCUCAGUGAAGUGCAGAGAAGAUGCAAUGAUUUGAUCAAAAACCCAAUUACAUUGGAUUUCCCUGACAUAAAAGACAAGUUGCUAUGGUUUAAAGACUUAGUAUGUGAUUAUAAGAUAUCAUUCCAGAAGGCACUGGUCAGUGUUUUACCAGGUAUUCGGAGUGGGGAACUGGAAAACAAGGCAUUGGGAGGCAUCCUGACCAAACAUUACUCAUCACCCUUCACAGAUAACAGCCUGAACAAAUGGCUAGACAACAUUAGGACUGAAUUAAAUAUUCUGAAUUCUUAUACCAGUGGGCUGAAGGAUAUAACAGUUGUGACAUCAGCAGGGUUACUUAAUUCAAUCCUCUUUGAUCCUGAUGUUGAUGUGGUGGUUUGCUUGUCAUUCACAUCUUUAAAUAAUGAAGACUCCUACCUAGCAGGUUUACAAGACUUUGUGGAUUCCGAAGGGCAAAACACUUCAUCAGUUCAAGUAACACAGCCUUGGUUUGCUUCUUUUGACAUUUCUGAAAAGAUGAGGAAGAAUCUUUCUCUCUUUACAAGAUUUUCAGAUAUCAGUAAAAAUGAGAAGAGAAUGAAGUUCCUAAUUGUUUCCAUCCAUGACCCCAGCAAUCCAGGAACCUCCAUCCGACUUUAUCAGAAUGGCCUUCUGAAAAACGCUGCAUUCCAGCCUGUAUCCAAACCUUCUCCACCCACAGUAGAUACCAGUGCUGGGCAAGUCACCCUAAAGCUUUCAAAAUCUCCAACUGGAGAGACAAUUCAGUUUAGAGUUGAAUACAGGAUGACACCACCAACUGAUUCAGCAGAUGAUGAUGAGGCAUGGACCAUCACCAAAACUUCAGAUGCACAGCCCAGAUUCAUAGUGACUGGACUAAAGGCAGCAGACAAAUACUGGGUCCGAUACAGAGCUGUUGGUGUUGUGGGCAUGAGUGAAGCCAGCAAUUCUGUCCCCUUCACCUUUCAAGGGAAGAUUGAUUUCACAGUGGAUCCAUGGGACCUCUCCAUGCCUUCCCUCUGGAAUAACCUCAGGACUAAACUAAUGACCAGCAAGGGCAUGUCACGAUGGUCUGCCUCUACUAUCGAAUCAGAGGUUACAGAUAUUGUCGAAAAUCCUAAAAGGCACUACGGCGGCCCAGUUUCUAGAAGGUUGAAACCCGGAAUGGCUGUGUACACACAAGGGGUUGUUUUGCCCAACGCAAAAUCGUUUGAAAUAGCUCUUACACAGGUGACAAAAGAAGGUUACAAUACUGUUUUUCACAUGUACUGUCACAUUGCUGAGAAGUAUGUGGCCUAUAACACCUGCAAGAAUAACACCUGGCAUAGCGUAGAACGCAUACCAGGGUGUCCCCUUUCUGAACGAUCAUCAUUUGAUGUUUUUUUGGUGAUCACAUCAGAAGGCUAUGAGGUACAAUUAAAUGGGCAGAGGCAUCACUUCUUCAAACACCGCAUGCCAGUGGAGAACGUGAGUAAUUUUGGCAGUUAUGGAGACAUCCAACUAACCAUCUUUGGUAUUGUCCCGAACUGGAACACAUCUACCUUUGCUACGGAACUAAACAUAUCUGGCGUCUCACGCACAAAGUAUUCUGACAUUCAGUCUGAUGUGCCACAUCCAGUCUGCAACCCUCAAACAAUGUAUUCUGGCAAAAUCCCAGUAGCCUUGAGACCUGGUGUGGCUUUGUUCUUCCAAGGGGUUUUUCCUUCAGAUGGUGAUAACAUUUCCAUAAAUUUGCAGACUGGGGUGGAGAGUGGUUAUGACAUUGCUCUACACAUCAGCCUCCGUUUGCCCAGUACUAUAGUUCUGAACACCUGCAACAAUGGGGUGUGGCAAAAGGAAGAAUAUAUUCAAAGUAACCCAUUUGUCAAAGGAGGAGCCUUUGAUAUUUUCAUCAUUACUAAACCAGAAGGCUAUGAGGUGGUCGUGAAUGGCCUGGAAAUCUACACGUUCGAACACCGUAUACCAGUGGAGAAAGUGAAUUCAAUUCGGCUGGGUUUGGUCUUCAUUAACAAGCUUGCAGUUAUUGAAGCAUAUGAUGUUAAUAUAAAAGCCAUCAAUCCUGCCAGUGUUUGAGGCCUCCAGAUCACCACUGAAGCACUGACUACAUUUUAAGAGCUUAUGUUCUCUUGCUCUGUGCUCAAGCAUAUAAGAAUUCAUGGACAGAUCAUGGAUAUGAUUUGUCUUUCUGCAUUCUUAUACAUUUCUUUUCCUUUUACUCUAAGACAUUAACACACUAUAAAUUCUGUGCUAGAGUUUUCCAGUGCUAUUGUACCUUUUAUUAGACAUAAUACCGCUGAUUUGUAUUAGUCUACAUGUAUACACUGCGAAAAAUGAUCUCUUGUUGAGAGAAAAUAUCUUUA